AGGACCUAAUUGCAUCUCGGCUUCAUUGAUAAAAAAUCUGAUAUUUUUUGUCUCAGCACUCUCGUCAUCUUACUAAAGAAUUUUAUCUGAGGAAGUUUUUGAUGUGACUUGUUUAGGCGCUGCGUAACAUGGCCGUAAGAUCGAUUCUUUGGAAUUCAGUCAACUGUGUAACGCUGUUUGUGGCUGUAUUUAUAGUUGAUUUCGUACAAGGCGAUUGUGGAGGAUUUGAUUUUGAAAAUGGGGUUGAGGCAUUAUCUACUUGGAAAAAAACCGGACACGCCUUUGAUAACCAACCAACAUACAGGGAUAACCCCGGGAUACGAGACCAGGGAAUAAAGACAAACGUGCAAGGUGAAUGGUGGAUAGCAACAUUUGCGAACAAAUCCAAUCCACUUCUGAUGGGUGAUUACCCCAUCGGCACUCUUACUUCACCAAGCUUUCGUAUCAAAGGUUCCAAUAUAAACUUUCUACUUGGUGGUGGAUGCGACGCAGGUAAAAUACGAGUGGAACUUCUGGUGAACGGGAAAGUUCAACGCACAGCUUUUCCUGACAACUGCCGUGAUCGCAUGCGAAGAAAGUUCUGGAAUGUAGCCCAAUUCAAUAACAAAAUUGGUCAGAUACGGCUGGUUGAUGCAUCAAGAGAGGCACAUAUAAAUUUUGAUGACUUGAAGGGAGAUUUCAGUUGCGCCGAUGUGGGGAAGACUUUUUCAGACCUACACGAUGAUAAUUACGGUGGUGAAGGUGAGUUUGUUCUUGUAGACGAGCCGUUGGACCCUGUACACUCAGUCAGUAGCGAUAAUAAGCCUCACGAUAAUGCGGUCAUUGGAACUGAUGACGAUUACAACACGAUGCAGUUGAAGCCAACGCAGAAACAUCAGGAUGAACCUAUAAAGAUCGGAAAAGGCAGGCCUCUUUUUAAAGGUUCGCUGGCAGCAGCAAGCAUUUUCGAUACUAAGACACCAUCUAAACCGCCGUCAAGACCUGUAUCUGCCUCUAAACUUUUGAUGGCUCCAAUUGCUAAGCCGGCCGAUAAACCAUCCUUCAGAGAUCCAAGCAACAAGUCCGCUUUGCCCAAAGACGACGAAUUAAGAAAUCUCACCUGCAAGAACUUCAUCGUUGAAAUAAAAACUGGGUUACCAUGGGACAAUGAUUUCCUUUUUCCAUCAAAUGCUAACUACCAGGCGACUAGAAGAGCAACAGAACUCAAGGUGCUAAGAGCAUUUGACGAAAAUAAAGACUUUAGAGGGGCUUUUUUUAACAAAUUUAGUUCUUCAGAGGAACCAAGUGGAGUAAAGGCUUAUUUUCUCCUACGAUUCAGAGCGAAUGGAAAAUUCAUUGGAAAACUGCUGGAUGGUCUUGGACCAGGAAAUGUUUCAGCAGCAGGCUGUUAUCCAGAUACUCCAAUCACCCAAUGUCCCAGUUCCUGUCCAUCGACUUGUGCACCCGCAUGUCUUCAUUCUUGUUGUCAACCGUCCGUUUCUGCCCCAGCCGCGCCUCAACCAGUUUAUCAGCCCGCUCCUGUACCCUUGCCUCCUCCACCUCCCCCGCCACCACAGCCUGUUGCAAUUAUGGCGCCCAGCCCUCAAGUUUAUCAACCUCCGCAGCGACAAUGGAAUAUACAAAUAACUGGCCAAGCCACCAUUCCCCCGCCACGAGCUCCGUAUCCGAUGUCACAGCCAUUGAGCUGGCCCGGUUCCCAAUGUUCUUCGAGGUGCUCUCCAAGCUGUGCACCAAUAUGCUCACCAAUCUGUUGCCAGUUUUAUAACUCUAAGCGAAAUGAAGAUAUUAAAAAAACCUUAAAGAAAGAGGCUCUCCAGGAGGAGAAACAUUAGUAAGUCUUUGUCUGGCAUGUUCAGACGUAACGUAGGUAGAUAAUAAUUAUUACAGUCACUCUUCUACUAGCUGACCAGUUUUCGGAGGUUAGCACCAUCUGUAGAGGACUUAAGGUAACGAGUCCCUUCCACAUAUCAAUUUUACUUUCUCUCGCCUAAACAAGCUAACGAUCUCUCUUAAGACGGCAUUUUUGUUACCAGAUUAAACUAUUUGUUAACGGACGUUCCGGAGUAAUUUUGUGGUACUAAAGAAAGAGUCGAACAAAACAAAAAAACUUGAUUGAAAAUAGAAACGUUUAAAUAGUUUUCCACAGAACAAUUAGUUUGUCGUCAACGUUGUGUUCAGAAUGCGCUGUUCGAUUCAUCAACCAAAAUUAACACUAACUAUUUGUUUCAUUACAAACUAAACUUAGCAUGGACACAAAAAAUUGAUUAGUGGGAACUGACUUAAGUGACUACUCAAGAAGACUAAUCUCUUAGAUAUGGUUUCUCCUGUAAAUCAUAUAAAAUACAACUAUUAUGAUGGUUGUGGAAAUAAGCUCUCCUCGACAGCUGAAUGAGGAUGAGUCAUAUCUAAAUUAAAAUGACCUUCGAGUGAUUCCCUUCGCAGUCACUAUGACUCGGGUGGUGAAUACUUGUUAAAUAGUGUUGUCUAUUGAUGUAGUUUUGACCAAAAUAAAUCUACUAAUCCAAAAGUUCACUAUCACUGUUCAACAGAGUCGACAUCACUCGUCAAUGAUCCUGUACAAACUGUACAGAUUUUAUCCAGCCUUAGAGCUCAAGAAUGGAAUUUAGCGAUUGUAGAAUUGUAUAGACUGAGUAGUGAAAUAAAGUCAGAUUUC